CAAAAGAAAAAGUGAAGCAGAAGUUUAUGGCAGAAGCAGAAGAUUGAGUUUAAGGGUGAAUUGCGUAGUCAUUUUUGAAAGAUUUUAUGUUCAUUCAAGUGGACUCAUUCCCUCUUGGUUGUGUGCAGCCAGCGAGGAUUACACUGUACGGUCGUCCAAAUUCUUGUUCUGCUUCAACCUGGUCGUCCAUGGUAAGAAAGGAAUUUUUUCUAAAUAGUGACAACCGUGUCAAAGACGACCCUACUUCAUGGUAAUAGCGGUCUGCAGCCUCUUCAGCCUCUGGCAGAAGAACUGCCGGCACUUUCUUUGGACAUCCACCCAGAGCCAGGUAACACGAAUUACCAUUAUGUAUCCAUCCAUUCUAUCAUUACAUAUUUCUUAAAUCUGAAAUAAACACCCAUCUUUGGGUAAAAACUCAAGCAAAAACUACAGCCAAGCUGCCCUACUAAGACUUGGGAUGUCACUGUGACUAUAUCAAGGAGGGGUCAAUUUUGUACUCUGCUUCGCAUCUUGCCUAAAAACGCCCCUCAGCUAUUGAGAAAUCACUGGAUCCUACAGCGUCUUGAGAUUUAGAGAUACAUUCGCCUCUUGAGAUUUAGAGAUAAAGGGCUGGGGGCUGUGUCUUGUAUCCUGCGUGCAUUCCAGGACUGCACCAGCCGACCAAGUCCAAUUUCAGCAACCUGACAGGUAAGUGUGGACACGCAAUAUCGUGUCAUGUUGUCCUCCAAAUUCAGUUCCUCUUGGUCAACCAGGUGGAUGAGAGCCCCUUUCAGUGGGUAGUUUACACUCUGAUUGACAUCUGGCCACAUUCUUUCGACUAUAUGGUUCUGUAAUUUUGAAAGCAUGAACAAAUUUUACAGUGUAAUUUCAGAAAUAGUUCAUCAUUACUAAUUUGCACUUGAUAGUAACCAGUCUAUAUAAACCCAAUUAAUAUGGUAAAGAGUACACUAUAAUGAAGAAUAAGCAACAAAUUUGUCAUGUCGUUGAAGUGUUUUGGCUUUGCAUUGUUACCACUAUUGCUGCACUACAUUGAGAAAUAGUGUAUGUCUAUAUACUGUAACAGUAUCGGAGAAAAUGACUAACAGUUUUUGAGACUAGAUUAGUAACCAAUAAGACAGAGACAACAACACUGCAUUAUAAACAGUUAGCAGUUGAUUGAGGGAAAGAUGCAAUGAACCAAUUUACAUGAGUUGACUGUGUUUGCAAGUAUGGUUGUCUUGCUGUGUAAUUCUUGUAGCCUGCCAAUUUCUCCUGCAUGAAGAGAGUUAAGUAAAACUCUUUUCCAUGGUCUACCCUUAUUUGCUCUCACAUUCCAUAUUCCAGUACAGCACUCCUGUAAUACAGAAGCAUGUAUCAACACAUUUCAUUCAUAUGUAAGACACCACAUAAGCCUUUUGUGGAUCCAUUUUGCAUACAUUUAUAGUUACAUGUAUAGUUACAUUGUAACUUACAGCACAUUGAGCACUGUAAUUACCUGUAAAUCUGUUGAUGUAUAGUCAGGUUAUUUUUCACCGGCAUUGUGGAGUGGCUAACAAUUUUGCUGGAGAAACCCAUCAAUUGAAAGCACAUGGGUCGCCCCAAGCAUGACCAAUUUCUCAUUCUGGUCAAUGUGCAAUUUGUGACCCAUAUACUUUGCACUGUAUGGCACUGGAUUUAGGUUUCUUGAUCUCUAGGGAAUAGAAAAAAUAGCUUUUUUUCUCAGAAUAUUGUAACAAUUGUCUAGAGCACAAUGAAACCUUUUAGCCUUAGCCUACGUAACACUCACAUUGUGCCAAUCGGCAUGAUGUGAAGGGUUCACAUUUUUGAGAAUACGACCAACGCGCCCCUCUGAUGCCUGGAUCCCUUUUGAAGUCAGCCUCCAUACGCUGGUCCAGUCUGAAAAAAAAAAAAACUCAGAAUCAUUAUGGUUGGUACAUACAGAAGCUGUACGUAAAAUAUAAUAAUCUGUCAGACUGUGUCAUACCUCAUUAAUUGCUUUAGCAAUCUCGACCUCCAAUUUGGCAUCCUGAAUUCGGUGUCGGAUGAUGCCAUGUUCGGCGCAAAAUCUCCUUAUGUUUGCUUUAGAGAAUCCCUUAUGUAAUCCACAGUAAGAUAAACUUUAACCAGUUUUACGCAAAUAUGGAGACAUGUUUUCUUCAGAGGAGGCAAGACAGUCUGUCUCAAAUUGGAUGAUAUGCGAGUGGACAGAAUAGUGAACAUCUUUCAGGUCAACACAACUAGCCUCUACAUCACUGAUGCCUCAAAUGUUGUGAUAUUUCCGAUGAAUAAUGGGUGUUUCAGCACCAUGGACCUCACCGACAAAGCGCAGUAUGAGGUUCAUGGAGAAACUGUUGGGCAGAGUCCAGCUUUGCCGAUGCCAGCCCCAGCCCCAUCCCCAUCCCAGCCGUUUGCCUUUCGGUGGAACUCUCAACCUAACAUGAGCCAGCUUGCACGAUCUGUUUCCACACAGAGGUCAUUUCAAAGGUCACAGUUCUGGAUGGAGUUAUUUGCAGACCUCCGAGAUUCCGGACAUUUCAAUGGGAGUCAUGUGCAUCAGUGCCUUCUGAGAUUUUGCUAUGGAGAUGUUAUUCAGAAGGACCUGGAUGAAUGUGUGAGACAGUGGAACAGCCACAGGAUUCACACUUCCAGAACAGCUUCCUGUCCAGGAGUGCCCAAUGAACUGUUCUACUUACCACACAGAUUUGGCUCCAGAGACUGUGGCUUUGAAAUCGAAGAGGCUGAAUUGGAUGCCUUUCCUGAAGCCAGAUUGUCAAUACCUAAAUGUGGGGACCAAAACAUGCAGGAGUACUUAGAAUUUGCCAUGGAGUCCAAUCAACUACAUAAGCCAGAGAACUGGGAGGCUGCAACAGAACUGUACAUGAAGCUAAAAGAAAUUGUUCAGCUAUGAAUCAAAGCUUUUCCUUUCCAAAAGAUGUGGCUGCUCAUGAGAGUUUUGAGUUUUCUUUGAUGUUUAAUGAGUUUUUAAAAAUGUAUCAAGACCAAACAGUCAACUACGCUGUAUACUGCUGUUA